CUCGCUGACGUCACUGAGAAGGAGGGAUGGCACUUAAAUGUGUGCAAAGGAGACACGCGGACGGCACUUUUUUUUCGUUUGUUUUGUUUGUUCGUUUGCUGACCCCCGCCGACACGCACGAUGACGCCCGGACGGUCCCUGUGAGGUCCGCCUCAACGAGACCGACCGACCGCCCGCCCGACGCCAAACUCCCGGCUCGGACGCGCUCGCCAAGCCGGCCCGCGGUCACCCUCGCUCGGCUACACGUCGGCUCGACGUCCGCCUCCGCGGAAGACAGAAGAAGAAGAAGAAGAAGAAGGAGGAGGAGGAGGAGAAGAAGACGCGACCAUGACUUCGGAGAAGAAAGUGGAGGACGAGGCCAUCCUGGACCGAGGCGCAUCUUUCGUCAAGCACGUGUGUGACGAAGAGGAAGUGGAAGGUCACCACACGGUCUACAUUGGCGUCCACGUCCCCAAGAGCUACCACCGGCGCCGGCGCCACCGCCGCAAGUCCAGCCACAAGGAGAGGCGGGAGCGCGCCGAGCACAGCGCCGAGGGCUACAAGUCGGACGCCGACAACGCCGACGACGCCGCCGUCAGUCUCCUCAAGCCGCUCAUUUCCCCGGCGGAGCGGAUCCGCUUCAUCCUCGGCGAGGAAGAUGACGGCCCCCCGCCGCCUCAGCUCUUCACCGAGCUGGACGAGCUGCUGGCGGGUGACGGGCAGGAAAUGGAAUGGAAGGAGACCGCCAGAUGGAUCAAGUUCGAGGAGAAGGUGGAGAAGGGCGGCGAGCGCUGGAGUAAGCCCCACGUGGCCACGCUGUCGCUGCACAGCUUGAUGGAGCUCAAGACGUGCAUCGAGAAGGGCACCAUCAUGCUGGAUCUGGAGGCCACCACCUUGCCGCAAGUCGUCGAGAUGGUGACUGACAGCCAGAUCGAGAGCGGUCAGCUGAAGGCGGAUCUGAAGGAGAGGGUCAUGUACACGCUGCUGCGCAAGCAUCGCCACCAGACCAAGAAAUCUAACUUGCGCUCGCUGGCCGACAUCGGCAAAAGCGUCUCCAGCGCCAGCAGGCUGUUUUCCAGUCAAGAAAAUGGGAGUCCUACCACGGCCCAUCGCACCCUCACCUCCAACAGCCUGAGCGACUUCUCGGACAAACCGGAGAAGGAUCAGCUGAAAAACAAGUUCAUGAAAAAGCUCCCCCGCGAUGCCGAGGCAUCCAACGUGCUGGUGGGCGAGGUGGACUUCCUGGAGGGCCCCUUCGUGGCGUUCGUCCGCCUGCAGCACGCCGUCAUGCUGGGAGCGCUCACCGAGGUGCCGGUGCCCACCAGGUUCCUUUUCAUGCUGCUGGGCCCCAAAGGAAAAGCAAAGUCGUACCACGAGAUCGGAAGAGCCAUCGCCACCCUCAUGUCUGACGAGGUGUUCCACGACAUCGCCUACAAGGCCAAGCAUCGGCAGGACCUGCUGGCCGGCAUCGAGGAGUUCCUGGACGAGGUCAUCGUGCUGCCGCCCGGCGAGUGGGACCCCGACAUCAGGAUAGAACCGCCCAAGUCGCUGCCGUCCUCAGACAAGAGAAAGAACCAGUACGCCGGCUUGGAGCCGCCGCCCAUGAACGGCGACUACCCCCACGACGAAGGUCAAGGCGGGGGCGGAGGUCACCAGGUCAGCGAGGAGCUGCAGUGCACCAGAAGGUUCUGCGGGGGUCUGGUUCUGGACGUGAAGCGCAAGCUGCCGUUUUUCGCCAGCGAUUUCUACGACGCGCUGCACAUCCAGUCGCUGUCCACCAUCUUGUUCAUUUACUUGGGCACCGUCACCAACGCCAUCACCUUCGGGGGGCUGCUGGGGGACGCCACGGAGAGCAUGCAGGGCGUGCUGGAGAGCUUCCUGGGCACGGCUCUGACGGGCUCGGUGUUCUGCCUGCUGGCGGGUCAGCCCCUCACCAUCCUCAGCAGCACCGGACCCGUUCUGGUCUUCGAGAGACUCCUCUUCAACUUCAGCAAGGACAACGGCUUCGACUACCUGGAGUUCCGCCUGUGGAUCGGCCUGUGGUCGGGCGCCUUCUGCCUGAUGCUGGUGGCGACCGACGCCAGCUUCCUGGUGCAGUACUUCACGCGCUUCACCGAGGAAGGCUUCUCGGCGCUCAUCAGCUUCAUCUUCAUCUACGACUCCUUCAAGAAGAUGAUCAAGCUGGCGCACCGCAACCCCAUCAACGCCCGCUUCCGCGCCGACCUCGUCACCCAGUUCGGCUGCGCCUGCGAGCCCGGCAACACCACGGACCUCUUCGACGCCGCCGCCUGGACAAACGCUUCCGACCUGCCCGAGAACGCCACGUGGGCGUCCCUGACCCGUAGCCAGUGCGUCGAGUUCGGCGGGCGAGUGGUGGGCGAGGCCUGCGACUACGUGCCUGACAUCACCCUCAUGUCCUUCAUCUUGUUCUUCGGCACCUACGCUUGCUCCAUGGCGCUCAAGAAGUUCAAGACCAGCCGCUUCUUCCCCACCAAAGUGAGAAAGCUGAUCAGCGACUUUGCCAUCAUCCUGGCCAUCCUCCUCUUCUGUGGCGUGGACGCUCUGGUGGGCGUGGACACCCCCAAGCUGAUAGUGCCAAGCGAAUUCAAGCCCACCAGUCCGACUCGAGGCUGGUUCAUCUCUCCCUUCGGGGGCAACCCCUGGUGGGUGUACCUGGCGUCCGCCCUCCCCGCCUUGCUGGUCACCAUCCUGAUCUUCAUGGACCAGCAGAUCACGGCGGUCAUCGUCAACAGGAAGGAGCAUAAACUCAAGAAAGGGGCGGGGUACCACCUGGACCUGUUCUGGGUGGCGAUUCUGAUGAUGGUGUGCUCCUUAAUGGGCCUGCCCUGGUACGUGGCCGCCACCGUCAUCUCCAUCGCGCACAUCGACUCGCUCAAGAUGGAGACCGAGACGUCGGCGCCGGGCGAGCAGCCCAAGUUCCUGGGCGUCAGGGAGCAAAGAGUCACCGGAAUCAUCGUUUUCAUCCUGACUGGACUUUCGGUGCUAAUGGCCCCCGUCCUCAAGUUCAUCCCCAUGCCGGUGCUGUACGGCGUCUUCCUCUACAUGGGCGUGGCCUCGCUCAAUGGCGUCCAGUUCAUGGACCGGCUGCAGCUGCUGCUGAUGCCCGCCAAGCACCAGCCGGACCUGAUCUACUUGCGUCACGUCCCCCAGCGCCGCAUCCACCUCUUCACCUUCAUCCAGGCCCUGUGCCUGGCGCUCCUCUGGGUGCUCAAGUCCACCGUCGCCGCCAUCGUCUUCCCCGUCAUGAUCUUGGCGCUGGUGGCGGUACGCAAGGCCAUGGACUACGUGUUCUCCCAGCACGACCUGGGCUACCUGGACGACGUCAUCCCCGAGAAGGACAAGAAGAAGAAGGAGGACGAGAAGAAGAAGAAGCACAAGAAGAAGGGCAGCAUCGACUCCGAAAACGACUUUUCCGACUACCCCUUCCACGACAAUAUUCCCAGUAUCAAAAUCUCCAUGGACAUGAUGGAGCAGGAGCCCAUGUUGGCGGACAAGACUUUGGCUAGAGACGCACCGCAGACUUUCCUCAACGCACAUUCGCCGUGCUGAGCAGCGCUUGGAGUCGUCCACCGUGGCCGACCUCGAGCGAGGCGCCUACGCCAAAGCGUCGCCUCACAUCUCGAUCGACGGCGACACUUUUUUCUGGAAGAAAGCCUCCGAAACGGACUUGUGAAGAAAAUCCAAAACCAAAACAAAACAAAAAAAAAAACAAUAUCUGAAGAGCAACUCAAUUAUUAUUUUUUUACUCACCUUAGAGCUAUUUUUUAAAAUAUCCCAAUCACAAACGGCUGGAUCUAUUUUUUAUUAUUGUUAUGACGAAGCCUUGUGUCAAUUUUGUUAAUAGAAUGUGGACUUUUAAUUGAUUUUGUUUUUUUCUGAUUUGAUUUUAUUACUAUAGGUAUAUAAAAGUUAAUUUAUUCAUCUAAUAAUCAUGAGCUGGAAUUGUAUUUUCCCUUAAUAAUGUAAUCAAACACAAAAUAUUUUUCUUUUUAGCUUAAAAUCUAGUAAAAAAAAAAACUUUUUUUAUUCCCCCUAUAUUUUUUAUAUUUAUUAUAUUAUUAUAUAUUUUUUUUCAGUUCACCGAUUUUAUUAUUUUUUUUCCUCCCAAUGAAAUCAUACUUCUCUUAUUUCUCCCCAUCUUUCCAUAUUUUGCUUGUAUUCCUGUAUUUAUUUCAGAUGGCUACGUCUUUAUCGGCAGACCUUUUUUGCGGUCCGCGCCCUCUUAACGAAUCUCACUCUGCGUUUAUGAUUUGUGAAUAAUAAUGAUGUAGUUCUACCUCUGAUUUCUUUGUAGGUGCCAGACAUUUAUCAUGGUGUGCAAUUAUGCUAGUGAUCAAAAACACUGAUCGCCUUUUUUUGGGUGGGUGGGGC